AUGAGUCUGCCCAUUAGUAAGCUAAUUGAGCAAUAUCGCUCCACUAGAGAUAAUGACCUUAAAUACAUGCUUUUGAGGCGGAACUUUGAAAUUAACGAUAUGGAGGAUGAGCUGGCCUCUCUUAUUAACGACUUGCUGCUCCCAGUAUUGGUCGAAGAACAAGACAUGGAAAUUCUUAAUUUAGUGUCAUUUCAAGUGUUCCCUAAUUUGGUUCUUUCUAUGAUAAGCAACUCUACUGCUACUCAGGUGGGAUGGGUAACAAGCUUGAUAUGUGACCCUUUAUUGAACCAGAGCAUUAUUCAUGCAAAUCGUUCUUUUGUUUUGAUUGAGACGCUAAGGAAUAUUUUACAAAAAAUUGAAAACGCCCCUCAUUUAGACUAUCACCAACCAGUAAACAAUUCAUUUGAGUUUAUCUCUAAAUUUAUUGUUGAAAUGAAAAGGCAUAUGUGUGAUGUGGAUGCUGCUCAGCUUUCACAUUCUCUUUCUGAAAGUAAUAUGUUAAUUUACAUAGAGUCCCUAAACCUAUUGUUAAAAUUCAGCUUCUUUUCAGACGCGACAUGUUCUUCAGCAAUGGUCACACUGCCCUUUGACAUUUUGAAUGACGUUUUUUCAAUUGCUCAGGACUAUUCUGCCACGAGUACAAAUGAAAGCAUUGAUAGGAUUACUGAAAAACUAUUCUUGACUUCCACGCAAUUAACUCAUCCGGCGGAUCUGAAAAAGCUAUGCCCCAAAAUGAAAUACAAUACAUUAUCAGUAGUUUCUCGAAUAUGGUAUAAAUUUGGCCCCACAGUCGCUGAGUUAUUUACUGAUUAUCUAUUACCGGUUCUACUCCCCUCACAAAUAGUAGAGGAAUGUAGCAUUGAAGAUGUUCUGGAAAUAAUCCAUAACUUCCAUCCAUAUUUCUCUUUUCGUAGACUAGAGGAUAAUAGACCUCUAUUGUCAGAUUCGACCAUUAGCCAGCUAAGAAAGGGUUUGUUUGACAUACUCAUUAUGCUAAACGACUCGCUGACAAGAACGCAAAAUGAAAGUGUUCACAGUGACGGCCAUUUGGUCGACAGUGACGAUGGAUUUGCUUCAGACAACGAUUCUGAACAACAAGCAUACCUCGACGAACUCAUGUCAGAAGGUUAUGAUGAAAAUAUGUAUAACGGUGAUACGGAUAACGAGGACGCAGAUGAUGUAAAUCUUGAAAAAAAUGACGAGCUCACCAAGGACAUUACAGAAACGAACAAAAUCCUUUCAAUAUUCGCUGAGUUACACUAUCCUCAAGAGGAGCGCUUUUCUGAAUUAUUAGUUGAGCUACAGACUAAAAUCACUAUAAAUCCAUUUUUAAUUGAUAAAAUUCUCUCGAAAGAGACGACAGAAUUGCCCACUGACGGUGGGGAACUCGUCGAUUUGAACGAAAUUUUGAAUGAAGUGAAAGCUAAUAAACUUACGAGAAAGAACGUUAUUUUUUAUACACUGGAACACACUUUGUCGUUGAAAUCUUGUUCCGACUUGUCUGUCCUACAACUGUCAAUAGAGGUAAUUGAUCAUCUAUUGGUUAAAAACCAUUCAAAUAACAUCACCCGUGGUGAGCAGUUUCGGCUGAUCAAGUUGAUACUACCUCAUCUGAAAACCAAUAAAUCUUUUAUUGAUACAUUGAAAGCAGGAAAUUUCACCCAAAAAAUUGAUGAAGGUGUGACUUUGAGGACAACAAUUAUCUCUUUGCUGCUGCAAUUACUUCCACUGGAUUACUCUAUGUUAGGUGAUAUUCUACCCACUAUCGCGAGAUAUUCUGUGAGGGACAAGGAUUUUACGGUGAGAGAUUUAUCCUUGCAAUUGCUGAAUCAAGUAUUACGCACAUACUAUAACUGCCUAAUUGGUAUCGAUUGGGAAUGGUAUAACAAUGAUUUCUAUCAAGUCUUACAAGAAACUUGUAUUAAGAAAGACAUAGAUACCAAUCUCUUGCUACAGUUUCCCCCUUAUUUCCCCCAUGACUAG